AUGAAGACUGGUCAUAAUGUGAAUGCUUCGAAGAAGAAGCUCAGCGACGGGAAGUUAUUAAAAUUCAUCUCCUGUGAUAUCAAACAACACAAAAUCACUUCAGUCAAUGUGAAGACAGUACUUGCUAUAGACAACAUCCUCACAUUUACACCAUCGUUACAAAUACUCACGAACUUAAACACACUCGACUUGUCCUAUAACAAAAUCACACAAAUAACAAACGAUUUUGGCUCACUGACAUCACUGACGUAUUUGAACUUAUCAAACAACAAAAUCACUUCAUUCACAAAUUUAAGUCAGUUGGUCACUCUCAAAUCACUGAUCCUUUCUUUCAACCAAAUCGACGCAAUUCCUUUGGAACAAAUCUCCAAAUUGACUUCGUUAAGUGAAUUGGACUUGAGUUGGAACAAACUCGAGGAAUUCGACUACGACUGCUUGGCGCCCUUGCGGUCGAUCGAGAAAUUGAAUGUGUGUGGAAAUCGCAUCACGACCAUAUUACACAUGAACCCAAUCUAUUUAAAAGACUUCUGGACACCAUUCUCUCAAGUUAUACCAAGUUGUAUUCUUCCUCAUUUGUAUUUGGGCUCAGUGCAAGCUUCAGUGAAAUCAUCUCUACGAGAAUUUGAGAUCGAGGGCGUACUCUCGAUUGGUACAAAACCUUUGUAUGUCAGUAAGAAGGUCGAAUAUUACUUUAUAGACUGUGGGGAUAUGCCAUCUGAUACCAUCUCUCCUUAUUUCCUCCCAGCGUUCGACUUCAUCGACAAGUUUGUUUCAACUGAACGAAACGUUUUAGUCCACUGUGUACAAGGGGUCAGUCGUUCCGCUUCCCUUGUCGUGGCGUACUUGAUGAAAAAAAAUUCGUUGCCGCUCGAGGAUGCUCUUCAAAGAGUCAAAGAGAAACGAACUUGUGCAUCUCCCAAUUCAGGGUUCCUCGAGCAACUUUCGCAAUAUAAGCCAUAA